CCCUUUCCCCACCCCUCCAUUUCUCGCCAUGGCCCCUGCACUACUGCUGGUGCCAGCUGCCCUUGCUUCUUUCAUCCUGGCCUUUGGCACUGGAGUGGAGUUCGUGCGUUUUACCUCCCUUCGACCACUUCUCGGAGGGAUCCCGGAUUCCGGUAGUCCGGAUGCCCGCCAGGGAUGGCUGGCUGCCCUGAAGGACCGCAGUGUACUUGCCUCCCUGGCUUGGGAUCUGGGGCUCCUGCUACUCUUUGUUGGGCAGCACAGCCUCAUGGCGACUGAGACAGUGAAGGCAUGGACAUCCCAGUACUUUGGGGUCCUUCAGAGGUCACUGUAUGUGGCAUGCACUGCUCUGGCCUUGCAGUUGGUGAUGCGGUACUGGGAACCUGUACCCAGAGGCCCAGUGUUGUGGGAGGCUCGGGCAGAGCCAUGGGCCACCUGGGUGCCCCUCCUCUGCUUUGUGCUCCACGUCAUUUCCUGGCUCCUCAUCUUCAGCAUUCUUCUCGUCUUUGACUACGCUGAGCUCAUGGGCCUCAAACAGGUCUACUACCAUGUGCUGGGCCUGGGUGAGCCUCUGGCACUGAAGUCUCCCCGAGCUCUGAGGCUCUUUUCCCACCUGCGCCACCCAGUGUGUGUGGAACUGCUGACUGUGCUGUGGGUGGUACCCACUCUGGGCACUGACCGCCUCCUCCUUGCUCUCCUUCUUACCCUCUAUCUGGGCCUAGCUCAUGGGCUUGACCAGCAAGACCUCCGCUACCUCAGGGCUCAGCUACAAAGAAAACUUCACCUGCUCUCCCGGCCCCAAGAUGGGGAGACAGAAUGAGGAGUUAACUCUGAUUCCAAGCCCUGUACUUUCUCUACUCCUCAAAUUCAAAUCCUUAACAUCCCAGGCCCUGAUUGCUUCAGACCUGAGGCUCAAUGCCAUGGACUGAAGGAGCUGUCCCUUCUACUGCUUGAGACUUCAUUCCUCCAGUCCAGCUCCAUACCCUAAAUUCCGAGUUUUGGCCACUAGAUUCCAAGGUCCAGUUCUCACCAGCCAGGAACAGAGGGUGUAGACUUCAUUCCCCUCCUCACAGUUUAGGGCCUGACCUGCCUCCUCACAAGGAAAUGGGUCUGCCCUGACUGUUUCCCUGGCACUCUUAUUCAUCUCUGUGCCUCAGGGAUCCCCUUCUCCAUCUCCAGCUUCCACUCCUGGGCCAGAAUCUGUGUGCAAGUUUGCCAGUAGUGGCCGCCGGGUCUAGACUCCAGUCAUGCUCUCCACUCCUACCCUAGUCUCUCCACCUCCCAAGGCUCCGCCCCAGGGCUGAAUCCCACUACCCCCCCUCUCCCCUGCAACCCUCGCCACGGCAACCUAGUGGAGCGGAUUCUCCUGCUCUUAACUUGGGUGACUUGGGGUUCCCUGCUCUCCUGAGAAACACUUGCUGCAGGAAAAUAAAAGCCUCGUUUUUCUA